AUGGCCUUCAGUCAAAAGAGCCAAUCUGAUAAGAGCUUCAGUAGGCAAGAUGAGAAUGGUGCAGGUAGCUCGCAGGAUGUGCAAGUUCCUCGGAGCCUGCAACGUGUGGUCCUAGAUGACAAGAUAGCUAAGUUAGUACCAAUUUUACUAUUCAAAUAUCAACAGAAGGAGCUUAUCACCAAGGAAGAAAUGCUGCACAAUGUUGACGAGGAUUACAAGGAGCUCUUCCCUCAGAUCUUCAGAGAAGCUUGUAAGUGCAUGCGUCUGGGCUGUGGCAUUGAUGUGAGAGAAAUAGAUCCCCCUGGUCACAUAUAUGCACUCAUUCCUGUGUUGGGUCUCACUUAUCAUGGGAUGUUGGGUGAUGAAGAGAUCAUUCCUAAAAUUGACCUCCUGAUAGUCAUCUUGACUGUCAUUUUCAUGAAAGGCAACCGUGCUAGUGAGGAGGACAUGUGGCAAGUAAUGACAGUGAGGGAGAUGUUACCUCAGUGGAAGCGCUUUCUUGUUUGGGAGCCCUGGAAAUUCAUCACUGAGGAUUUGGUACAGAAACAGUAUGUGAAAUAUCAUCAGGUGCCCAAUAGUGAUCCUGCUCGCUAUGAGUUCCUGUGGGGUCCAAGGGCCCACGCUGAAACCAGCAAGAUGAAAAUCCUACAGCAUUUAGCCAUGAUCUGUAGGAGAGAUCCCAGGUCUUACACACAUCUAUAUGAAGAAGCUUUGAGAGAGGAGCAAGCCCAUGUAUGA